AUGGCUGGUACUUGCUCCAUCGUUCAUCAUACGACAGGCCUCUUGGAGAAUGAAGAGGGUACCUGCAUAUUAUCCCAUAAGAGUGGUACAUUAAAAGAACAUGAAAAGGAUUGUGCAUUUACAGAGUCUGUAACAAAAGUAUUAAUGGACAAAGGCGCAGAUGAAGAAACGGAAGCCGCAACAGGAAAACUAGUCACUCAUGACCUUAUGAAGACAGUGGCAAUCAAACUUGAAGCCAAGAUUGCUGAAGUCAGGAGAAUGAUGACUGAAAUUGAGAAUCAGGGAAAAGUCCUCAAGAGUUUGUUUGAGGAUAGUAGGGUGUCCAUUAAUAGGAACCAGGAUGCAUUAGUUGAUGUUGAUAAGUCCGUUAAGCAACUACAGAAAAUGGUGCUAACAAAAUUAAGCAAACUGCCAGACAUGGAGCGGAGCAUUGGGGCCAGUUUAUCUCGGACAGAGUUUGAGACCCACAAAGAUUCUAUCCAUGAGAUGAGAGAUGAUGUAGAUCGUCAAAAUACCAGACUCAGCACACUGGAAGAACAAAGUAAAAGUGGAGUGCUUGGAUCCACUGAGGGAAUACCUAAACAUCUCAAGGAUAAAAUAGCAAAUAAUACAGAUAGGGUGCAGUACUUUGAUGAACAGAUCAGCAUGUACUCGAUGCGUCUUGCCGAGCAUGAGCUCCGGUUUCAGUUCCAGGAGACUGCUAGCUACGACGGCACACUCAUCUGGAAGAUCAAGGAGUUUGCCCGUCGGAAACGGGAUGCUGACAAUGGAAAGACCCUAAGCCUAUACAGCCAGCCCUUCUACACCAGUCGCUUUGGAUACAAGAUGUGUGCCAGGAUAUAUUUAAAUGGUGACGGUAUUGGGAAGGGUACCCAUGUAUCUCUCUUCUUUGUUGUUAUGAAGGGUGACUAUGAUGCUUUGAUACCCUGGCCGUUUAGUCAGAAGGUGACAUUAAUGCUGUUAGACCAAGAGACCGGUAGGCGUCAUCUAUCUGAUUCCUUCAGACCGGACCCAACGUCGACAAGCUUCCAACGUCCCUCUACCAACAUGAAUAUUGCCUCAGGAUGUCCCUUAUUCGUCUCUCAAUCGGUCCUCAAAGAUCCAGCCUAUGUCAAGGAGGAUACCAUUUUCAUCAAGGUUGUCGUGGAUACAACUGAUCUCUACGGCCCUUAAACGCUCCUCCCGGCAUGGACCCACCACCGACCUCUAUUUAAAGACCCCUUCACACUUGGAGCAACGAAGCUCAGCCAGCAAAUUCAACAGUGUUUAGUCUUCAAGCGUAAUGUAGUAUGACGCAUCAUGUUAUGACUUGUGGCAUCAUGAUAAAAUGACUAUGUUGACUUGAAUUCGUAAGUGCGAUCUUGGGGUAAUUAUACGAAUGAAAAUGUGUGUCAUGCAUAUUUCUUCCUGCAAGUCUGGUGAAGUCUCUCACCAUGUCUGACCACAAUGAAACAGAAUAUCUGCUGAGGCUUUGUUGCUUGUGAAUAUCCCUUAGAGUCUUCUAGUUACUGCUCAUAGUACUGCUCACAGUCAUGCGACAUGACGAAUACAUCAAAUGAUGAAAGCAAAGUAAAUGCAGUGUAAAGAAAAUCAAGGCAAGGCAAUACGUAUAGCUUAGAAAGUGAUAGAACCGAAGUGCUAGAAAAAAAAACUGCAUCAGUGAGCCCCUAGCCUGGAAUCCACAUAGGACUAGGGAUUUGUGACAACUUUUCAGUUAGAUAUUCUUGCUAUGUGUAAAAGACAAGAGAUAAUCAGCUAGAGUGAAUAAUUUGUGGCCCACUGCCAUACUGCCUGCACACGUACUUAAAGACAUCAAUGAAGUGUUUACAUUUGUAAAAUGUAUAUUUAGUAGAUGUAUGAUGGAUGUCUUCACAUCAGCCGUAAAAAUAUUUCUACCGUACUUGAGAUCUCUGGAUCACUAGAAGAGAUGUUUUAUCCCCCCUGGUCUAAAUUUGCGGAUAUGAAUAAGAAAUGCAGGUAAGAAAGUAAAGUUAAAUAUACAUGUAUAUGUCCACAGUUUGAGCUAGAAUAAAAUGAUUGUUUAAUUCACCAUAGAAUUGCACCUACAAUCGUUGAAAAUUGAAAAACUCUCUCUAGUUAAGCAAGGGUGCCACAGCCACUGGCUGUAAGUAUACGGUCACCAUAAAAUUACUGUCAGUUACCAUGGCAUUUCUUUAAAUUUGCCACUCUCUACCCAUAUAUAAAAUGGUUACUCUUGGGAAAGAAAUCCUUUGCCUAUCAGAGCGGAGUUGAUGUAGGAGCAUUAGUAUUUUGCUUGGUGAGUUAUUAGAAAUAAAUAUAACAUUUUUAACUAGCAGAAAGUGCAGAUCUAUAAUAAUGUUAAUAUAUUCAUAGUGAGGCGGUUUAUAUAAGCUAUUUCAUUUCCCCCUUAUUUCUGGAAAGUCACAAUCUAGUGAUGAAUGAAAUUAACAUUUUAACACAUGUAACUACUAAUCUCUAGUAUUUUAUUUUUGAAGAAGGUAAAGUAUCUUUUUUUGUAGAUAUUAUGAAUGAAUUUAUGGGUAAUAAUGAGACAGACUUGGGAUGAGAGAUCAGAUGUAUAUUGGUUCCCUGCAACUCAAUAAGGAAAAUAAACACUGACAAAGAUUUUGAAAAUCACAACAUCCAGCGGCAGUUGAUAGUAAUUGAAUUUACGAAGAAAUUUAAAAGAAAUAUUUCCUUUAAGCUUUGCCAUCCAGAUCAGACUUUAUAUAGACAAAGACAAAAGCUGCAACCUCCUCCUAGAUUAUAGGCUACUCCCAUUAUACAAAUAGCGAAUAGGCAUGAGUGCGAUGGUGCGAGAUUUCGCAUGAGGUGAAAGAAAGAUGCUCUAUUCAACGAGGCGAGAGCCGAGUUGAAUAGAGCGUCUCUUUCUUUCACUGAAUGCGAAAUCUCGCACCAUUGCACGAAUAAGAAUAUUCGCUAUUUGUGUUGUACAACGCCUCGGAAUUUAGCGAAAAUAUUUUUAAAAAACAAGAGUAUUCCCUGCAGUAAUCUACGAAAAGGGAGCAAAAAUAUUGAAAGCGAAAAGUGAAAUCCCACAAGCGCACAUAUCCUUGGGCAGCAUUGCGCAUUUAGCCAGCAGGCUUAUACGCGUAUUUCACCUUCAUUUUUACUGAGCGCAAUUAAUUAAAUCGUAUUGUGAUGUCACCUCCUAAGGCCGUGCAACGGUACAUUUUGGAUGGUACGUCUUGUGUGCAACGGUACGAAUGUUUGACAUUCAGCCUCCCAUUUGCUCGCGUACAACAAGCUAAGUAGGCGUUGUACAAUAAUGAUUAUUGAACAAUGUUAACAUACCUUCAGCCAAGACCAACAAAUAAAUCUGGUGCAAUGGAGAUUGACUAGCCUUUACCAGAGACCUUGGUUAAUUAGAUAAUGGUGAUGGGGAUAAUGUUUUCUUUUAUUACCCUUUCUUUAUAUUAAGCCAAUAACUUCUAUGAGAGCUCAUAUACCAUCAACCCAAUGUUGCCUAUUCUUUGAAGUUUUAAUAUCUUGAUAUUCCAGCAUUAUUUUUAUUUCAUGCCUCCAUACAUACAUAGAUUGAAAAUCUCUAAAAUAAUGUCGACAAUGAGAUGGAUGUCUGCCUUGUUUGAUAUAAUGAUUUGCUCUUGAUGUGCAAUGUAUUAUAUAUUUUUUUGCAUUUACUUAUCAGCUUUGGUUUAGUAUUUUUACAUCCUGCCUUGCAAAGUCUUCCAAUGUAAACCAAAACGCUUCAGCAUUUCAAAAAUAGAAAAGUGAAUAUAAUUUUUUUUCUUAUUUUGAUGACCUAAUCCCCUGACUUAACAAAUUACACUUUGCAUAAAUUUGCUUUAAAAAUUCCCACGACUUUUCAACAAAAUUAUGAUGCACUUACAUUGCAUUGAUUAUAUCUUUGAGUGGCUCCCCCCCCCCCCCCAAAUGAUCUAUCAAAAUAGCCUGGCCAGGUAGUUGCUUUGAUACCACCGUCGUCUAGCUUUCCUGGAUUGUUUAAACUGAUUUAUUAUUUGUUUGAACUUUGGAGUAGUUUGUAGGGUUGAUUAUUUAGAUAAAGAUGUCAAAAGUAUAAAAGAGGGCAUGUCACCAGAAGAGUAAUGUAAAACUAUUUGAAGGUAAAACAAAAGGUUUUUAAAAACAAAUAUAAAAAUGUGUAUUAUUGAACUUUUCUAGAUGAGCAAAUGAAACUCCUUUUGUUCUAUUGCAGUGUUUCUAGCUGUACAGCAAAUGGUAUUUCACCAAUGAAAGGAAACAGAGAAAUAGAAUUAUGAAUGAUGUUUUAUGUUUGAAUUCAGAUACUAUUUCUGCAACUCUAUAGAAAAUAUCAGGUCAUGAUUAAGUAUAGUCGUGCAUUUCAAGGAAUUGGAAAUUGGUUUCAGAUUUGGCAAAUCCCCUCAAAAGUGAAUGUCACUAUUCCAAAUUAUUACUACCAAAGUUUAUGCCCUUUUAAAGGCAGUUAUGAUAUGGAGGAUAUCAGGUAAAAUUUGGCAUUUUACAUGGAAACUUAUUUUGACUGAGUGUCUGAUCAAGAUGACAAAUCUGAGUGUGGUUUACUUUAAGAUAUAAAGACACUUUUCAAGCAAGGAAUUGUCUAAAGAUUUCCAGAUACAAUCUUUGUAGCUUUCUGAUAUGCAAUUACUCGAUUCAUUAGAUGAUUGCUCUAAGGGCAUUUUUAAAGAAAUAUAAAAUCAUCACCAAGAGUGGGCACUACAUACCUAAUAAAUCUGAAAUUGAAUU